AUGUCAGACGAGGAAGAUACCACGAUCUUGUUGAACAGUGCCAAUAGAACUAUCGAAACGUCUAUAAGCAAGGUUCCGAAUGAUUAUCAAUGUUUACCACCGAAAAAUCUGAGGAAACCACUGCCCAAGCCGAAUGACAACUUAACCCCGUUGACAUCGGGGAAUAAAAAUAUAUUCGUCUCGAUGGUAGCAAUUUUAGCGGGUAUUGCGUUUGGAAGCGACAUGGGCAUUGCAAAACCUAUAGCACCUUUGAUCAAACACGAGUUCAACUUGAAUUGCUUUGAAAAGGAUUUCGUUAUAAGUAUUUGGUUUGUUGGAGCCCUUGUCGGUGGAUUAACCGGUGGUUUUUUAAUCGAUUCAUUCGGUCGACGUUGGGUUAUGAUAUCGACGCUCAUUUUCCUAACGUUUGGCGCCACGUUGUCAGCCCUGGCGAAUCACUACAUUUUGUUACUCGUCGCCCGGAUAAUUUGCGGAUAUUCUGGAUCUGUUUCUGCAAUAGCCCACUGUAUAUACAUGGCGGAGGUGUCCGAGUCGAAUAAACGUGGAUACAAUAUAAUGUUGUAUCAGCUGGGCACAGCUACCGGAUUCUUGGUUUCCGUGAUUGCCGCCGCUAUAAAAAACAUAGACUACCAAUGGCGAUUCUCCAUCGGUAUAACAGCCGUGCCCGCUUUAGCCGCUUGUAUAGUAACCAUCAUAUUCCUUCAACGAUCGCCGCCGUUCUUGCUCUACAAAAGGAUGGCAAACGUUUCGAAAACGUCGUCGAAAAAAGCUUGGUACACGAUCUUCGAGACUCUGACGAUCAUGGCUUUCUUACUGAUAUUGCAACAAGGUACCGGUAAACGGCAAGUUUUGUAUUACGCGCCAAGAUUGUUUGCAUUAUUGGGGAUUUGCUCCAACGUUGCAGAGGUCACAGCUUUGAUAUCGCUCGGCAUCGUGAAGGUAUUCAGCACCAUGUUGUCUCUGGUGAUAGUGGAAAGGUGUGGACGCCGGACAGCUCUGAUUACGUCGGCCACCAUCUGCAUGACAACAAUAUCACUAUUGUCUCUACUCGCUACGAUAGACAGGGGUGAUGAUAAUUUAGAUGUUGUGAAUAACCAUUGCAAGAACCACCACAACGAGGAUGUUAAGAUGCAUUCGAUUUUACCUACUGGAUCACCGCCGCCGUUCCCUCUACUGCCAACUCCGUUAGCUAUCGUUCCACCGAGUCCAGAAACCUGGACGCAGAUCAAACCCUCUUGCGAAGUAUACUUUCCUCCUAUAUUGCCUGUUACACAUAAGCGUUACCGCGAUUCAACACAGAACAUUGCUGUUUCCGAAGGUCUGACUGGUGGUUUACGUAUCCUAGCAGUGAUAACGCUACUCGUGUACGAAGCAGCGUAUGCUUUAGGACUUGGGCCAGUACCACUUUUGAAUCUCACGGAAGUGUUCCCCGCAGCCAUACGAGGGAAAUGUAUCAGUUUUGUUUCCAUUGUAAUAUGGAUAACGCAUAUUAUCGCCACGGAAUCCGUCAGUGCUAUGACAAGGUCAUUAACGUUAGCUGGAUCCUAUUUGUUCUAUAGUUUCAUGUGUCUCGUUACAAUAUUUUACGUCUUUUUGUUUAUUCCUGAGACAAAAGGCAAGUCUCUGCAUCAGAUCGCCCAGGAAUUGCGGAAGAUCCCUCUCGGUACACGCAUAUGCAAUAAUCUGCGUAGUUUACCGCUUAUUUGUCAUAUUCAGUGGAUAAAAAGAUACGACGAAAAUGUAAGUAACGGGCAGAGUACCCUAAUUUGA